AUGCAUGAGGCGUUUCUCUACGACUUGAGAACUCCCAUAAAAGACGCUUUUACACCUCGACCUCGUUUCACGAUCGAGCGAGCUUUAUCUACUCCAUUCGACUACCUGGUUGCAAGCACACAUUCUACGGAUGACGAGAGCACGUCAUCUUCUAAACCAGCAAUUUCCAUUCUGUAUAACCUUUAUUUGGAAACGGGGUCUCUUGUCAAUGCCUAUGACCUGUGGCGUGCGUUUUAUACAAUGGCUGGGGGUGAUGAUGGUGAGGAAUCUGAUGAGCGCGAGGCGUUGGCUCUAUUUUACCGUGCCUUAUCGGAAUUGAAAAUGAUGGGAAUGGUUAAAUAUAGUAAGAAGAAGAGUGACCAUUUGGCGAAGUCAUCUUGGAAGGGUCUGUAG